AUGGCAGCCACCAAGAGCAAUGGCCAGCCCCAGCUGCUCUUCGUCGAUGGUUCCUUCGAGGAGCUCGCCAGGGAAAUGGCCGACUAUCUGAAGGCCGAGGAGGCAAAGCAGCUGCUGACCAAGGAGGAUGCACCUAAGGAAGAGGUCCUGUCGAAGCUGGUUGCUGCCUCGCAAGCCCUCAACACCGUGGCCGAAAAGGAGUACACGGCCGCGUCGAAUCUCAUGAUCCAUCUCGUUUUGCAGUCCGCCGACCCGAAGAAGUAUCUGCCAACGCUCUGCAGUACCUUCUCCAAACCUCUCGCCAACUCGCCCGUCCACGGUCAGAGCCUGUCGCUCAACGCGCUAACGACGGUCUUCAACCUGCUCGAGCAGGAGGAUCCCAUUCGGGCACGCGUUUUCCGGGAGAUUCUCAAGUUCUUGAAGGCGCAUAGCAUGUUCGACAAUCUGCGGCCAUACCUAGACAAGCUGCCCGAGUGGAUGGAGUCGUGGGGUUGUGACGAGGAGAUUGAGCGCAAGCUGUACGAAGAGGUUGCCGAAGCCGCCCUGGAAGGUGGCGACGAAGAUAUCUGCUACGAGUUCAUCCUCAAAGCUCUCCGAACAUUCGACGCUGAUGAGAAGGACGAAAUCACGUCGGAGGAUGCCCAGAGGUUAUCGCUCCGCGCCAUCAGGAUGGCCAUUCUCUCCAACUCCCACUUCCUCUUCCAAGAUAUUCGCGCCAUCCCCAGCGUCCAGGCUCUCAGCGACUCGCACCCAAUCUUCUCUCAGCUCUUGAACAUCUUUGCCGAGCAAGACCUCGAGGACUACAACGACUUCAACGAGGAGCACGAGGGCUGGGUAGAGAAGCAGAAGCUCGACCACGAGAAGAUGCACCGCAAGAUGCGGCUCCUCACCUUUGCCAGCCUCGCGGCCGCGACGCCGAGCCGCGAGAUCGAGUAUUCCAAAAUCGUCAAGGCGCUUCAAAUUCCGGCCGAAGACAUCGAGAUGUGGGCGAUUGAUGUUAUCCGAGCCGGUCUCGUCGAGGGCAAGCUGUCUCAACAGCGCAACAUGUUCCUCGUCCACAAAGUCACGUACCGCGUCUUCGGCCAGAAGCAGUACCAAGAGCUGUCGACCCGGGUGGAUCACUGGAGGACAACGUUGCAGAACGUGCUGGGGGUCCUGCGCCAAGAGCAGAGCAACGCAAAGUCGCAGAAGGAGCGCGAGAUUCAGGAUUUGGAACGGAAGAUGAACAACGCCGGCAUGGGCGGUGGCCCUCGACGACAGCAACAACAGCAGCGUGAAAGGACGGACAAUGACGACUAA